AAGAAAAAUACUAUAUGCGUGCAGAGGGGACCUGGAAUGGCUAGAACCGUUGAAGAACUGAAACAUUACGUGGAAGAUAACCUUUUGGACUUGAGUCUUUCGAACAUUUCCGAGGUUCCCGUCAAGGAAAUCGCUCAGUUGAAAAAGGUGACCGAAAUCGACUUAUCUUCGAAUCAUCUGGUCGCCCUUACGAACGACUUCGCUCCACUGCUUCGUCGCAUCGUUGUACUUGAUCUGAGUCAAAAUUUUCUGAAGGCAUUACCGGGUAACUUUGGUCAGCUCGCCAGCCUUCAGCGUUUGGAUCUGUACAAGAACUGUUUGGUGACCCUGCCAGUCAGCUUCUCGCAGCUCAAGAAACUACAGUGGUUGGAUCUGAAAGACAAUCCGUUGUCUGCUGAACUGCAGCAAGUGGCCGGUGACUGUCUAGACGACCGCCAGUGCAAGCAGGCGGCCUCGAAGGUAUGCUCGGUGGUAGGUUUUUUCUUUUAA